AUGUUAUUCGGAGGCUUUUUACAAACGCGAUUAACAGCUUAUUAUUCAAGCAAAGGCAAACACAUCCUAGAGAAUGCUGGAAAGAUCGCUAUGGAAGCCAUUCAAAACAUUCAAACAGUGAUGCAGUUGACAAAAGAAAGCUACUUUUAUAAUGAAUAUUGUGAAAUACUCAAUACCAUUCAUAGGUCAUCUAUUACACGCGCUCAUAUUUUGAGUAUUUUAUUUUCUAUCACCAGUGCUGUCGUUUACUUUUCCACAGCGGCUUUCAUUUCUCUCGGCACGUUUCUUGUUGAUCGAGAUACAGUUACAUUUGAAGAUAUGUUUCUAGUUUUGAAUGCUGUUGUUCUGGCUGCCCGAACCAUUGGCCGAGAGUUAACAUUAUUUCCCGACUAUGGAAGAGCAACUGAAGCUGCAACGAACAUUUUCACAUUGUUGAAUCAAAAACCAUCAAUAGAUAACGAAUCGAAAACUGGUGGCGAAAUUGUGUGUGAACAUUUUAAUGGACAAAUUGAUUUCGAUCAUGUGUAUUUCAAUUAUCCAAAUAGGUCUGAAUCAACUGUUCUAAAAAAUUUCAAACUUCACAUCAAAUCAGGACAAAAAAUAGCACUUGUUGGUACAUCUGGCUGCGGAAAAUCAACUACUAUUCAAUUAAUUGAACGUUUCUAUGGUGUAAAUAUGGGUCGUCUCUUGAUUGAUUCAAAAGAUAUUCGAAGUCUUAAUCUUCAAUGGCAUCGAUCACAAAUUGCUGUUGUUUCUCAGCAGCCAGUUCUUUUCGAUAUAUCAAUUCGAGAAAAUAUUGCAUAUGGUGAUAACAGUCGAACAGAUAUUUCACUCAAUGAAAUUAUUCAAGUAGCAAAAGAUGCAAAUAUUCAUGAUUUCAUCCAACUUCUUCCGAAUGUCAGUGAUUACUUUUUUUGCUAUGAUAAGGAAUCUAUUAUUUUUCUGUAA